AUGGCCCCUAACAACCUUCCCGCGAUCUUCAACCCCACCUCUCAGGACAUUGAGAACCUCCUUGCUGCACAAUGCCACCUCGGCAGCAAGAACCUCCAGGUUCACAUGGAGCCUUACCUCUGGAAGACCAGGCCUGAUGGCAUCAAUGUCAUCAACAUUGGCAAGACCUGGGAGAAGAUUGUCCUCGCUGCCCGUAUCAUCGCCGCCAUCGACAACCCAGCUGACAUCUGCGUCAUCUCCGCCCGUCCCUACGGACAGCGUGCCGUCCUCAAGUUCGCCGCCCACACUGGUGCCGUCGCCAUUGCUGGACGUUUCACCCCCGGUAACUUCACCAACUACAUCACCCGCUCUUUCAAGGAGCCCCGUUUGAUCAUCGUCACCGACCCUCGCACCGAUGCUCAGGCCAUCAAGGAGGCUUCCUACGUCAACCUCCCCGUCAUUGCCCUCUGCGACACUGACUCCCCCACCGAGUACGUCGACGUUGCCAUCCCCACCAACAACAAGGGUCGCCACGCCAUCGGUCUCGUCUGGUGGAUGCUUGCCCGUGAGGUCCUCCGCCUCCGCGGAACCCUCGCUACCCGCGAGACUGAGUGGGACGUCAUGACCGAUCUUUACUUCUACCGCGACCCCGAGGCCGAGGAGAACAAGGACUCUGCCGGUACCGAGGAGGCCAAGGCCCCUGGUGCCGACGAGGUCGGUGCCGGCCCCGUCGAUGCUGGCUUCGCCAACGAGUGGGAGGUCUCUGGCGCCUCUGCCGGUGCCUUCGCUGCUGCCUCUGGCACCGCUGCUGGCGCUUCUUGGGACGCUGACGGUGCUGGCGGUGACUGGGCUGCUGCCUCCACCGCCCCCGAGGGUGCCGCCGGCGAGGGCUGGGGUAACACUGAGGGUCAGGCUCCCGCCGCUUCUCAGUGGUAG